CGCUAUCCUUGGUUGGGACAUCACGAUCCACUGCGACCCAGCACCCUCCACCGAUCUCCCCGACACCUGCAACAGCACAACAUGGGUCUCGUCAGCUCGUGGCAAUACCUCAAGUGGUGCACGUACCACCACCCCGUCAUCGUCGCAUCCUUCGCCCUGUCCUUUGCCGGCCCACUCCUCCUCGGUGUUGUAUACCCUCUUCGUCGUGAAUACGGAUACAAGCGCCCCGUGGAUGCCCCCAGAAGCUACAAGUUCCCCGACCGAGAGCGAGCCGCUACCGUUGGAUACGACGAUUAGGCACGCGCACUGUUGAUGCAAGCAGCUCGGUUCGCACGGCCGGAAGCAUAGACCCUGCCAACUCCGGAUUGAUCGCAAUAAACCCGAUAUACAGCA